AUGUCUAAGAACAAGAAUUCUGAGUCGGUCAAGGUGGUAGUACGGUGUCGCCCCAUGAAUGAAAAAGAGCGGACUGCCAAAUUUGAAGGAGUGGUCUCUGUCAAUGUAAAACUGGGCCAAAUUAUUGUGAGGGACCCCAAGAAAGCUUCAGACAGUGAACUCCCAAAAGUUUUCACUUUUGAUUCUGUGUACGACUGGAAUUCCAAUCAAAUGGGCUUGUAUAAUGAAACCAUCAGGCCCCUGGUGGAUUCAGUCCUUCUUGGAUUCAACGGGACCAUCUUUGCCUAUGGACAGACGGGCACAGGGAAGACCUACACUAUGGAGGGAGUGAGAAAUGAUCCAGAGAGGAGAGGGGUAAUCCCAAACUCGUUUGAUCACAUCUUCACACACAUUUCACAUUCCCAGAAUGAGCAGUACCUGGUGCGGGUAUCAUAUCUUGAAAUUUACCAAGAAGAGAUCAGAGACCUGCUGGCCAAGGACCAGUCCCAGCGUCUUCAGUUGAGGGAGAGGCCUGACACGGGUGUGUAUGUUGAAGGCCUUUCUUCAUGUGUCACCAAGAGUGUGUCGGAAAUCAAGCAUGUCAUGUAUGUGGGCAGCAAGAAUCGUUCAGUGGGUGCCACAAACAUGAACGAACACAGCUCAAGAUCUCAUGCCAUAUUUGUCAUCACUGUUGAGUGCAGUGAGUUGGACGCAGAUGGGAAAAAUCAUAUCAGGGUUGGCAAACUGAAUCUGGUGGAUUUGGCUGGUAGUGAAAGACAGACAAAGACCGGUGCAGAAAGGGAGAGGCUUAAAGAAGCCACAAAGAUCAACCUGUCACUUUCUGCUCUGGGAAAUGUCAUAUCAGCUCUGGUGGAUGGCAGGAGCAGCCACAUCCCCUACCGGGACUCAAAGCUCACACGUCUGCUUCAGGACUCACUUGGGGGUAAUGCUUAUACUGUCAUGGUCGCCAACAUUGGCCCAGCAUCCUAUAACUUAGAGGAGACGUUGACAACACUGCGCUACUCUUACAGGGCAAAGAGUAUUAAGAAUAAACCAUGCAUUAAUAUCGACCCCAAGGACAAUAUGCUGAGACAGUUUCAGGAGGAGAUUGCCAAGCUCAAGGAACAGCUGCAGGAACGCACAGUAAAGAACAAAAAAAGGAGACAGAAGAGGGGGGGUGGGGAAGGGGACAAUGGUGAAGGAGGAGGAGAGAUUGACUACGAUGAGGAAGAUGGGAACAACGAAGAUUACUGGCAGGAGGAGCAGGACAAGUUAGAGAAAGAAAGGAGGGCCAUCAUGGCAGAUCACAGUCUGGUGGCUGAAGAGAAAGUUCAGUUGCUUAAGGAGAAGGAGAAGAAAAUGGAGGACUUUAAGAUUGAGAAGGAGGCCCUCGCAAUGCUUGCAGCCAAAAUAAAGGCAAUGCAGAGUAAGCUUCUAGUUGGUGGGAAGACCAUAGUGGAUCACACCAACGAGCAACAGAAAAUGCUAGAACAGAAGAGGCAGGAAAUCUAUGAACAGAAACAGCGAGAGCAAAGGAUGCAGAAGUGGAUGGAAAGUUGUGACAAUGACACUUUGGAGCUCAAGGAGACCUAUAUCUCCUUGCAGCAGGAGGUUGAUAUCAAAACCAAGAAGCUCAAGAAACUGUUUGCUAAGCUGCAGGCAGUGAAGGCAGAAAACGAUGACAUCCGUGAGGCACACAUCGAGCAACGCCAGGAGCUGGAAGAGACCCAGGACAAGCUCACCAGGAACCUCAAACUCAAACAUCUGAUCAUUGAGAACUUCAUUCCCCUACAUGAGAAAAACAAAAUAGUCAAAAGAGUUUACUUUGAUGAGGAGGAUGGGCAUUGGAAAACGAAACUCAUUCCACAUUUAGAGAAUAGACACCAGAUGUCCAUGAUAAUGAAGCCACGCAUGAGGAAAAAAAAGGGGAAAAAAGAAAACAUCCUAAUCUUGGAUAUAGACCCUCCAACACAGUAUACUAAAGAGUAUCAGGAGCCAAUUGUUGCUCCAAAGCUAGCAGCAGCCUUGAGGGACAUCCUCAGAGAUGAAGACGAGAUCCAGAUUGAUGCCUCAGGCUUCAAUAGCUGUUUAGAACCAAUUCCACCCACUGGUGCCCAGCGCAAGAAAACAAAAGAUGGUCGACCGAAAACUGGCAAGAAGUCGAGAUCUCCAAUCUCCCCCAUUUAUCCACAACCCCGUGGCCUGGUACCCAAGUGA